GCACGGGCCACGAUUUUGAGCCCGGUGCUCAGGUCGGGUCGGGCACGGGCCAGCCGAAUAGGACGCCGGGUUUUCAUUGGCCCGACCCGGAUGAUGAUCAGGUCCACUCCAACCGGAUGAAUUCGUUGCUGGACUGCCACCGCCCAGUCCCGUCUUCUCCAACCCCGACCGACCGAGCAGCCCUCCCCCUCCUCCCUAGCGCCCGCGUGCGCCUCGCAGCUGUGCCCCCUCCUCCCCGCGACUCCGGCUUUCGUUUCCCAGCGGCCAAUUUUCCCUUUCCUUUUCCCUUUCCUUUUCCUUUCUCCGCUCCACCCUCUCGGCCUUAUUUCCUAGCGGCGACGACAAGGCGAGCAGCCACUGCCAGAUCUUUUGUCGGUCGACCAUCUGGCCUUCGUCGGGCGCCGGCGACGAACUCCGACAGUUAUCAGGUGUACAUGUGUAUACCCAUGUCCUAAACUGGGUCCGCCCCUGGCCUUCAGCCAUGCAGAGAUCUAGUGCAUCAACUUUUCCUACAAUCACAUUCGAGGAAGCUCUUCGGAGAGAGAGGGAGUAUCGUAAGAGAUUAGAUAGGACUCACCCUCAUCUGCUGACUGCCCUCAAUGGAGCCCCUGAACAGCAGAAAGAGGUCGGUACAGAUUCAGUAACUGUUGCUUUUAAGAGAAAGUUAGCCCCAGAGAGCAGUGUGCCUCAACAGCAGUCUAGUUUCAGUUGUUCCGCUGUACAGAGACAGCCAGGCAAUUGGUACCCCUUGAAGAAAAAAGUGAAAGUUCCACAUCCACCUUCCCACAUACAGCAAUGUCCCAGACCAAACGUGGUGCCUUCCUUUUGGUGUAAAAUUUGCAAGGUUGAUUGUGUUACUGAAUUCAAUUUUGGUGCCCACAUUGGAGGGAAAAAGCAUAAGGCUAAAAAGCUGGAGAUCCUUGGAAAUAGGAACACUGGAAGACCUGGCAGUGAGUGUUCAGGUAACAGGAAUCCUGUACAAAAUAGCCAUGCAGUGUCUGGAAGCAGAAACAAUGAAACAAAUGUGUCUAGUGGUAUUGUUUGUGCUGAUCUGUCCUCUGACAGCAGAACUAAUGUAACAGAAGAAAGCGGAUGCACUAACCCUCCCAUGAGCAGCUUGGAUUUCACUGCAAUCUGAUGUCUACAAUAUGCUCUUUGUACAUUUUCCUCUGAAAAGUAGAGUAGCAUGUUUAGUUCUCAGACAGCCAGACCACUCUGGAAAUUUCAUCUGAUGGUGGUGUAAGAAGCAACAGUAAUCAGUACAUAACUUGAAAAACGUUGCCGUGCCCUAUUUGAGAGAAGUAAACUAUUGAGAAUUCUAUCUGUCUGCAAGAAUGAUUCUAGUCAGUUUUCUUCCUUCUCGAUUACAAAGUAAAAGCUCAGAAGCCAGUGCUGACAAAUUACUUUAUCAUUUUGACUCAAGGCAAGAAUAUAUAUAAUGCGGACUGCUACUAAUCUGUCUGAUGGCAAUCCUUUGUUUACAGAAGUUUCUUUAGCAUUGGAGUGUUGGAAAAAAGCACCAGUAUAUGCCAGCUUGUUGAAUAUGAUUACCAUUGUCCUCGACUCUCUGAGGUGUCCGAGCUUGUGCUGAUCCUUCAAUUUUUUUUCUGAUUUGAAUGGCCUCACCUAUGACUAUGACAUACUUUUGCUGCUAAUUUCUGAGUUUUACCAUCAUAUCUUUUUGCCUUUGUUCAA